UAGAAAUGGCUGAUCUCAUUCAGGAUGAGUUACAUCUACAGUUCGAUAUAGUACGCUUUUAUACAGACAGUAAGGUAGUACUAGGCUACAUCUGCAACGAGUCAAAAAGAUUCUACACAUAUGUCCACAACAGAGUACAGCGCAUUCGCCAGUCUUCAAAGCCAGGGCAGUGGUAUUAUGUGCGUACAGAGGAAAACCCAGCAGACCAUGCGUCACGGUCCUUGCCAACAGCUCAACUCACAAAGUCCACAUGGUUCACCGGACCAUCCUUCAUACACCGUUCUCCUGUGGAAACAACACAUGAAAGCGAAAUAUUUGAGCUGAUUGAACCAGACAAAGACUCUGAAAUCAGGCCACAAGUCAAAACUUAUGCCACUCAUCUCCAAGUACUAAGCAGUAAACGCUUUGAGAGGUUUUCUACCUUCAAGUCUUUAGUCGGAGCAAUAGCAAAUCUUGUCCACAUUGCAAAAUCCUUCAAUGGCACUAACCCAAACAGCGUAUGCAAAGGCUGGCACAAAUGCCACCUCCCACGUACUCCAGAGGAAAUAGCUCAAGCAAAAAACGUUAUCCUCAAAGAGACACAAAAGGCUCACUUUCAAAAGGAACUUUCUGCUCUUAACUCUGGAAAGGCAGUCUCAAAACAGAGCCCCCUACAAAAGCUCAGCCCAGUCUUACAGAACGGUCUCAUUACCGUUGGAGGCAGACUCAAACACUCCGAAAUCGAGAACUUUGAAAAAAGCCCAGUAAUUCUCCCUAAGGACAGUCACAUCUCCCUUCUGCUCACUCGUCACCACCACGAGUUGGUGAAGCACCAAGGCCGUCAUCUGACGGAAGGAGCAAUCAGGGCUGCAGGAUUGUGGCUCAUUGGUGGCAAAAGACUAGUAAACUCAGUAAUCCACAAAUGCAUAAUCUGCCGCAAGCUACGUGGAAAACAGGAACAACAACGCAUGGCAGACCUACCACCCGAACGCCUCAAAACAUGUCCUCCUUUCACCUACGUCGGCCUUGAUGUUUUCGGGCCUUGGAUUAUAACAACAAGGCGUACCAGGGGCGGACAAGCCGAAAGCAAGCGUUGGGCUAUCAUGUUUACCUGCAUGAGUUCGAGAGCUGUGCAUAUUGAAGUAAUCGAAUCUCUAGACACAUCCAGCUGCAUUAACGCCCUCCGCCGUUUCUUUGCACUAAGAGGCCCCGCCAAACAGCUGCUAUCCGAUCGCGGCACCAAUUUCAUUGGAGCUUCAAAAGAACUAAGAAUGGACAAAUCAAUGCAAAAAUAUAUAUCAGAUCAAGGUUGUACCUGGGAAUUCAAUCCGCCACAUGCUUCCCACAUGGGAGGCUCUUGGGAGCGCAUGAUCGGCAUUGCCCGCAGAAUCCUGGACUCGAUGCUACUUCAAAACAAGUUGCAACUGACUCACGAAGUGUUAUCUACAUUCAUGGCCGAAAUCACAGCCAUCAUAAAUGCAAGGCCACUCCUCCCAGUUUCCUCUGAUCCAGAGAACCCCUUUAUCCUAUCUCCUUCAACGCUCCUUACACAGAAAUCUUGCCUUUUACCACCCCCUGGAGACUUCCUGGACAAACACCUUUACACCAAACAAUGGAGGCAGGUCCAAGCUCUUUCAAAUCAGUUUUGGACCCGCUGGAGGCGAGAGUAUUUGCCCACACUGCAACAAAGACAGAAAUGGACUGUAUCCCGCAGAAACCUCCAAGUCGGUGAUCUAGUUCUGCUUAAGGACAAGCAGGUCACACGGAACAGCUGGCCCAUGGCAAGAGUCACUGCCACUUUCCCAGGCAAAGACAAUCGAGUAAGGAAGAUCGAGGUGAAGGCAUGGGACCAAGGCUGUGUAAAGACCUUUUUGCGACCGGUUACCGAGGUUAUUCUUCUCAUGCCAAAGGACUGAAUGUAUAAUGUUUGUUUAGUAUAGUGGCCUCAGGAGGCCAGACGGGGAGUGUGUUGCCUUUAAGGCAUUUUGUUAAACAAAUAAGUUCAUGGGUUAAAUAAAUAAUAUUAAAAAAAAAAAACGUUUCUAUGCUGACAAAAGUGAUUAGAAGUUGAUCAGUUGUAUAAUUCAUAGUUUAUUUACGAUUUUAUUACAAAAUAUUAUCGCUAAAAUCUACUUCCGGUUUGCGGUUACGUGUUUCCGGUUCCGGGUUUUGGCUGGUAAACAAAGAGGUCCAUGUGUGGAGAACAGUAUGGAAACGUGAAAUCUGAUGCCAUCCACGCUGAAUUAUCAGGCAGGAAUGCCUUUUCACCAUUUUGAUGAAGACAAUUAAAACGCUUGAACUGCACCUGGGUCUUCAUUCACGGUUUAACUCGGUGUCACCAACAUCUACGUUGAAAACACUAGAGAGU